AUGUGCGGCUUUGACUUCAUCUCCCUCACCUCACCAACUCCCUCCCAGGCAGUCGUCCUGAAGAUGAUCAGCGGGGAUGAUGAGAGGAUGGCUCAGCCAGCAUCCCGAUGGGAGUCUGGUCCUUCCCAUAGCCGGUGGACUGACUCUGAAAUCAGGGUCUUCCUGCAGGAAUGGGAAGUCGUUGAACAGGAAGUCAGCUACCCAGGCAGGAAGAUACAUAAGAAGACCAAGGCUCUCUGCCAGCGCCUCUAUCAGCGGGGCCUGAAGAAGACCUGGAAAAGCUGCUUUGACCUGCUGCUGACCAUGCAGGGUCUGCACUGGACUCUCUGCAAUGAGAAACCGAGGAUGGGAUCCUUGUUUUCUCCAUAUGCAGAGGCCCUGUACAGGAUCCUGGGCUAUCCGUGCCAGAGAAGCCCCUUCCCAGGUCCUCUCUCUGAUGGGGCUGGUAACCCCCUGUUUCCCACGUACCCUCAGCCUCCAAUGGUGCUGCCAUCUCCCGUGUGCCAGCCUUGGGAUUAUGGCUUCCCUGCACCUUCUGGAGAGCUUCAGGGGAACCCGUCACCGAUGGUGUUCGUGGAGCAUUCACAGGUUCCCGGAUAUGAGCCCUGGAACCCUGGCUAUCCGGCCGUCCCACCCCUACUUCCGGCCCCUGGAGACACCAGCUUGCAGCAGCCGGGGUCAGUGUGUGACAAUAACCCAAGUCUUCCGUGA